UGGACAUGGAGAAAUUUUUUUCAAGAAUUUCUUGUUUAUUUUCAGUAUUUUCUCCUUUUAGUUUUUCAUGAUGAUGACAUUUCCUCUUUUAGAAGAUACUCAAUAUAAAUGCUUUUUUAGCAUCUAUGAUGCUAAGAUCAAAAGAUCAGAUUUUGAGACCACCCCUACGCAUCACAGAACUACUUCAAUUAACACACCUGAGAAUACCCUUGGAACAUAUAACAUGGCCCCGUGUGAUCAUGACUUCCGAUCAAUGGAUAUGUCUAAGACAUUCAUUAAUAACUUCCAAUUCCGAAAACAGCACUGCUAUCACUGUACUCAAUCUUCACAAUUCUUUGCCUCAGACUUGGCGAGCUGUUGCAGACUGUGCACAGAUGAAUCCGAUAAACCCAAUCAUUGCUGUAAAAGCUGGCUCAACCUUCCAAGUAUAUGAUCUAAGAACUAGGAAAUGUUUACAUAGAUGUUCGUUAACAUACAGCAUUCAUUUUUGGACUUGGAUUGAUGCAGUUACUAUUGUUAUUGUUUCUGAAACUGCUGUAUAUCAUUGGUACAUAAAUGGAGAUAGUCCUAUACCAAUCAAAAUAUUUUGUCGGGAUGCCAAGUUGAAAAAUGCACAAUUAGUUCAUUAUGCAUCUGAUUUAAAUAUGAAGUGGCUUGCCUUAACUGGCCUACUAGCUGAAGAAAAUCAUGUCCUUGGCAUCACCCAAAUAUUUUCUGUUGAUCAAAACCUAAGUCAAAAUAUUGAUGCUCACUGUGUAUGUUUCACAUCCUAUCAGUUUAAAGGAAAUGCACAAGCGUCUUGUGUUUUAAUUGCAGCAUCAAGAGGAGUUGAAGCACAUGGCAAGUUGCAUGUUGUGGAACUUGGUCCUCACAUUACGGGAAAUUUAGCAUAUACAUCACAUACAGGAACAGUUCAGUUUUCUGAUGAAUGGUAUCGCUAUGAUUUUCCUUCUUCAAUACAGGUUAGCUCUAAACUUGGCCUUGUAUACAUAGUAACCAAAUAUGGUGCUUUGCACUUAUGUGAUCUGGAGACUUGUACAACAUUAUGUAGUGUUAAUCUAUGCACAGAUGUCAUUUUCAGCACUGCAUUCAAUAACGAAACGGAAGGAAUAAUUGCAAUUGCUAGGAAUGGCCAAGUACUUGCCGUAGAUCUAAAGAGAGAACAACUAGUAAAAUAUGUAUGGGAAGUGUCUAAAAGAUGGCACAUUGCUGAACGCUUAUCGUCAGUUCUUAAAGAUGGUUGAAUUUCCAUUUGCAUGUUCCAGCUUCUGUACUUCAAACUAAUGAAAACUUUCAAUCUUAUUUAUGUAUUUUAUUAAUUUAACAUAUUAUUUAUUAUACAUUAUUUUAUUUUACUAUACAUUAUGUUAAUUUAUUUAUUUUAUCAUAUUUUUUAUUAUAUUUAUUUUAUAUUUUUUAUUAUAUUUAUUUUAUUAUAUUGUUUUAUUUAUUUUUUAUUACUUUGGAAAAAAUACAUGCUUCCUGUAAAACAUCAAGAUAAAUGUUUAUAUAAUUGUGUCACAAAAAAGAUGUUGCUCUAGUACUUUUUAAUAUUUAAUUCCCAUUGCAUUUGGAAAUUUUUGAUAUGCAAGCUAUUUUUAUUGCAAUGAAGAUUUUUACAUUAAUAUUUUUUUAAUUUAAAACUACUAAAAUUUUAUAAUCAAGUUAUGUUUGAAUUUGUACCAAACUAAAAUUUAUUAGUGUUUAAAGAGCGUCUAAUUGCAACAAUUGUACAUAAAUGAAAGAGCAGUACAAAUUAAUGUUUGAAUUAUGAAUUGAUUACAAGUUGUAAAAGUGCAAUAUACAUGUAUAUGUAAUGUACAUUGUUUUCAUGUGUAUGUUUUUUUUUCCAGUGAAUUGUUCAUUGAAACAUUAUAUACUUUGAGCAAAAUUUAUUUGUAGGCAUAUUACAUUUAGUAUCAAAAACGUUUGUAGUGUAUGUUAUUAAUGGUUAGGUAAGUUACUAAUUUUAGUGAACGAAAAUAACUGGUUUUUGGUCACAAUCAAAAUUGCUGUCGUUAUAAAAAAAAAGUAGAAAAAAAUAGCAAAAAGCCAAAAGUGCACAUACACAUACUUACAAGAAGUCUAAAAACUAUUUAUUUAAAAGCAAAGUGGAUAGACUGGUUUAAAC